UGACGCUACCCUUUCAAUUUAUCGUUCGCUUGGCUCAGGUAAUCCUCUGCUAAGGAACUGUUUCACUGGGCUAAACAUUAUUGUGUCGCGACCGUCGGUCAACGGGUUGUUAAAUUAGCGAUAAACUAGAUUUUAACAUUAAACCUUCUUUUAACGGAUGAACUACUAAAAAUCUUCGUCAGACAGUCCGUGACGCGAGAAGCUGAGCGUCGUCUGUGUGACGGUUGAGUAGCGCGUGAGGAGGAAUGUCAACCGUGUUAGCUUAGCUUUCUGAGUUCAGUGUCAUGGCGACUCAUAUUUCGCAAGACUUUAAACGUUAUCGUGUCAUGAACAUAUAAUGAAUUCGUCUGUAUAUUCCCUAAAUUGGAUAUUUUGGGGCAAACGUGUGCAUUGAGCGGCACACAGUGCUUUGUUGACCUCUGUUGCGGAGCUAACUUAUUUUGGUGCUGUAAAUGGUAUUGACAUUUAAGUUACCGUACAAAAACAUCGGAUGUAAAAGACUUUAUACUUAUGACGGUAUCACCGGCAGAUGUCGUGGAAGUUCACAACCGAAAGCUUUUUUACGGUUUUGCCUUGUGUUUAAGACCGGGCUUGGUUUUAGGUUAACGGUCAGCAAUCAGAAUUCGACGUCUGUGUAAUAAACAGUGCCGAAUAAUACUUCUAUCGAUUACGUUUUUUACAAUGAAAAACUGUGAGUAUCAACAAAUAGACCCCCGGGCACUAACAGCCUCUACCACCCGGACCUCCACCCCGUCCUGCGUGAGGAAAAGCCCCCAUCGCCUUCGGAGGAAAUGGGAAGUUUUUCCUGGGAAAAAUCGCUUUUAUUGUGAUGGACGUAUUAUGUUAUCUAGACAAUGUGGUGUGCUCCCUAUGACGAUCGGCCUUAUUUUCAUCACCAGUGGCUUGUUUUUUACGUUUGAUUGCCCCUUUCUGGUGGAGCACCUUACCAUCUUCAUUCCAGUGAUUGCUGGGGUGUUAUUUGUAUUUGUGGUUGUCACCCUCCUUCAAACCAGUUUCACAGAUCCAGGGAUUUUACCAAGGGCUUUGCCAGAUGAGGCUGCAGACAUUGAGAAACAGAUUGAUAAUUCUGGGUCCUCGACAUAUCGUCCACCUCCUCGCACUAAAGAGAUUCUUAUAAAUGACCAGGUGGUCAAACUCAAGUACUGUUUCACCUGCAAGAUGUUCCGUCCACCCCGGACGUCACAUUGCAGCCUGUGUGACAACUGUGUGGAGCGGUUUGACCACCACUGUCCUUGGGUUGGAAACUGCGUCGGGAAACGCAACUAUCGCUUUUUUUACACCUUCAUAGUGUCGCUGUCCUUUCUGACCUCCUUCAUUUUUGGCUGUGUGAUCACUCACCUCACUUUGCGAUCACAACGUGUGAACGGCAUCAUCCAGGCAGUACAGGAGACUCCAGCCAGUAUUGCGGAGCUGGUCAUUUGCUUCUUCUCUAUCUGGUCCAUUCUGGGUCUGUCAGGAUUCCAUACUUACCUGGUGGCCUCUAAUCUCACGACUAACGAAGAUAUCAAAGGCUCUUGGUCCAGUAAAAGAGGGGAAGAAUCAGGAAAUCCCUACAGCUACAACAACAUCUUCACUAACUGCUGUAUGGUGUUAUGUGGGCCUGUGCCUCCCAGCUUGAUUGACAGAAGAGGCUUUUUACCUUCUGAUGACACACCUCCAACUGUCACCUCUGAUGCUGAUCUGCCUUCUUUCAUGGCCAAAAAUGACCCAAAUAUGUGCACACAAGGCACAAAGGAGUUUUUAGAAUCCAUGGCGCAUUCCACAGUGAUCCAGAGCACCUGCGCUCCGGGCGCACCCAAGACCACCCCGGUGACCCAAGAAGGUAUACUCGAUACCAUCUCCAUCACUGUUUCUCCCCCUACCGGCUGCACCGCCCGCCAGGCCCGACGCCCAAUAGGCACAUCCUUCUCUCAGAGAGGGAGCAAACAGGCUGAACUUCACACCCACAAUCCCACCAUACGUCUGGCCAGUCCUCCUUACACCUUUAACCACAGAACACUAAGUGACGCUCCUGACGUGGGUUUUAUUCCACUGCACUGAGCGCUACAUAUCUGCCACCAGCAGCCUUGUGCAAGUAUUCUCUUCUCUGUUUUUUACCACUGAGAACAGCAUCACACUGUUUGAAGAAUUGUCAACUGUGAAUACUCAGGAUUCUCUCAGGAAAUAUGCCAUCAAUCGACAGAUGAGAAUGGGUCUUUCAGGAGAUGCUGUGUUUUCAGUCAUUUUGCACAAAAUUGUCACUGGAUGAACAGUGUUCUUCAGAACCCUGAUCCAUUUUCAGCCUUUUGCCAUCUUGCUUGGACUGAAUGCAAUAAUAAUAUGCUUUGAAGUGUUAAUUGUCUCUAAGAAAAGCCUUACGUCUUAGUCACAAGGCAUGAUGUUCUUCUGUUCAUUUUGUUAGAAAGUAUUUAUACCAACAGGUAAAUCGAUAGAAGAGCAUUUUUGAUGGUGUAUUGUCGAGUUCAUGGUUAAAGUGUUAGAUUUCAUUUAUUCUGUUACUGUUUGUCAGGGGUUUUUAACUCCCGUGUAAUGUUAGGGCUUAUGUGUUACAGUGUAUUAACUGCUUAGUAUUUCUCUUUGGUUUGUGUCAUAGUAUAGAAUUUUUAACCAUUUCAGUUUUGUUUGACCAUACAAACAAACAUAUGCACCUCUGACUUCAAUUUAAAGGGACAGUUCAUCGGAAAAUGAAAAUUUUAUGUCAAUUACUCAUUCAUAUUUUGUUUCUAACCCUGUGGCACAAAUGAGAAGAUAUGAGGUCAGAAGCGUUGUUGGUUCCCAAAAUUCUGCCCAAUGUCUCCGUUGGUGCUCUAGAAAUUAUUUGGAAUAUCUUGAAUAAACUAUAUCAUAUCAAUUAUCCGUGCUGAUUUUAAUACUGUACGGAGCAGCACAGAACCCAAACUUGUGUGACUGAUUUGAAUUUUACUGUGAAUUUUCUACUUUAAAGUGCUGAAAAGACUUAUUAAAUAUACACAACAAGGGUGCAAUGACAGUGGGAAGAACGUGUGCUUUUACUGUUGUAAUGUUGAUUCUUAACUGAUAUAUUUUAGCAAAAAUGUUUUGUUUACUAUGUUUAUGGACUAAAUCUACUAUGGGAAGAAAGAGCCAUCAUUUAUUACAUCUAUGGCUGUUGCGUUCAUGGUUUCUUUUUAAAGGGGUUCAAAGUGUAUUUUUUAUCAGUUCUAGACAAAGUUUUCACUUUUCCUUCAUGCCGCAAGUACAAUAUGUUUGGUGUAACACUUUCUUAUUGUACUCCUUGUUUGCAUUGUAAUAUUCCAAGAGAUUACUUAAAUCAUAAAGAACCUGAUGAAAGGAAAGUGAUAUCUGUUGAUAGCUGAGAACAAACAGUCUCAACUCAAGUAUUCACGAGUACAAUUAAACUAGUCCUGUGUGGAUCGGACAUUAGGUUCAAUUAAAAUCCAUUAGCAAUUUAAAGUAGAAAAUUCUGUAAAAUGUUCAUGUAAAGAUGAUGCACAGACAUGAAAUGUAAUUAUUAAUUAAUUGCAAAAACAUAGUCGACCAAUGUAUGUGGAUGGUUGUGUGCAUAAGUUGCACUGUUUUUGUCCUCUGUAGGGUGGGUUAAAGACAUGAUUGUUAUUAUUAAAAGUUUGUUUCUAAACUUGAGAGCAGAGCCCUUUUAACUGGAACCUUUUGACUUCAGAUUAAUGGAGAACUGCUUAAAUAUGGAUUAUUUCCAUCAGAAUUACAAGAGUCUGGCACAGUGCAUUUGGUGGCUAUGUGUUGCACAUUUAAUGAAAAACUAGAACUUAAAUAGAAUAGAUUAUCACUGCCUGAUGUGUCUGAGGGAAGCUAAAACAAUUUUUUUACAUUUUGACUUACAUGUAUUUUUUUCUCAAGGGUGUAAGUGAAAGUCUGUGAGGAAAUAAAGAAAUGUAAUUUUUA